AGACCAUGUCAGCGCCCAGGAGGCAGCCGCCGGGGAGCCUGCGAGGCUGAGGGAGCGCGCCGCCGCUCGCAGCGGAGAAUGGAGCCCAGCCCGGCCGGCGGCCGCCUGCUCCCGCCGCUGCUGCUGCUGCUGCUGCUCCUGGGACCGGCGGAUCGGGGCGCCGAAGCCGCGGCUUGCCAUGGAUGCUCUUCAGGAUCCAAAUGUGACUGCAGUGGUGUGAAAGGAGAAAAGGGUGAAAGAGGGUUUCCAGGCUUAGAAGGUCAACCAGGUUUACCUGGAUUUCCAGGGCCAGAAGGACCACCUGGACCAAGAGGUGAAAAAGGAGACGAUGGACUGCCAGGGCCAUUUGGACCCAAAGGAAUUAGAGGGCCUCCAGGUUUGCCAGGAUUUUCUGGAACUCCGGGAGUUCCCGGGCUACCAGGUCAGGAUGGGCCUCCGGGACCUCCAGGUAUCCCAGGAUGCAAUGGAACAAAGGGAGAACAUGGCUACCCUGGCAGCCCAGGUUUUCCAGGUUUACAAGGCCCCCCAGGUCAUCCUGGCAUACCAGGUAUGAAGGGUGAUCCGGGUGAAAUAAUCACAUCAGCGCUGCCAGGACAAAAAGGCGAGUCAGGAUUGCCGGGUCUGCCUGGAUUACCAGGCCCCCCAGGUCUCAUUGGAGUGCAAGGUCCCCAUGGUCCUCCCGGGCCGCAAGGUUUGUCGGGUCCUCCUGGCUCCCCGGGACCUCCAGGCCCAAAGGGCAAUAUGGGCUUGAACUUCCAGGGCCCCAAAGGAGAAAAGGGUGAGCAAGGACUUCAGGGCCCCCCGGGCCCCCCAGGACAGAUCGGUGAACAGAAAAGACCAAAUGAUGUGGAGUUUCAGAAAGGAGAUCAGGGUAUUCCAGGUGACCGUGGUCCACCAGGCCCCCCUGGGCCACCAGGUCCUCCUGGCUUUCCAGGUGGUGGAAAAGGUGAAAAAGGUGAGCAAGGAGAACCAGGCAAAAGAGGUAAGCCUGGCAAAGAUGGAGAAACUGGUCAGCCUGGUUUGACUGGUUUGCCCGGUGAUCGCGGUAUACCUGGCAUAACAGGAAGAAAUGGAGAAAAAGGUCAGAAAGGUGAACCCGGUCUGAUUGGCCCACCUGGGCUUGUGAUUCCAAGGCCAGGAACCAGUGCAACGGUGGGACCCAAAGGAAGCAAAGGGUUAUCGGGUUAUCCUGGUGAGAAAGGCGAACGUGGCUUCCCUGGCCAAGAGGGCCCUCCUGGCUUGCCAGGCCCCCCAGGAAUUCCGAGUGUAGGCCUUCCUGGUAUACCUGGCCUACCUGGAGAGAGCGGACAGAAGGGGGAUCAAGGUUUACCUGGAGUUUCCAUUCCUGGACCGCCUGGAGUUGAUGGGCGACCUGGACCCUCUGGCCCACCAGGCCCACCUGGCCCACCUGGACUGCCUUUCCCAUCCACUGGCCAGCUGUGUGAGCGAGGCCCCCCAGGCAUUCCAGGACGUCCCGGAGAGCAAGGAUUUAUGGGGGAGCGAGGCCAGAAAGGUGAUAAAGGAGACACAUGCUUUAACUGCAUAGGAACUGGCAUUACCGGCCCUCCAGGGGAGAAGGGAUUCCCAGGGCUACCUGGAAAUCCAGGGUCUCCUGGUAUUCCCGGCCCAAAAGGCGACAAAGGAAUUUUUGGUCUACCUGGUCUUGUUGGCCCGCCAGGUUUUCCUGGCCCUCCAGGCCCUCCUGGACGUCCUGGUGUAAAAGGUGACCCUGGUGAAGUCCUUGGCUUCCCUGGAAUGAAAGGUGAAAAGGGGGACCCUGGUUUCCCAGGACAGCCAGGUCUCUCUGGAUUAGCUGGUCCUCCUGGAAAAGAUGGACAGCCAGGACUUCCCGGACCAAAGGGUGAACCAGGUGGCAUCGCUUUCAAAGGCGAAAGAGGUCUGCCAGGGGACCCAGGACUGCCUGGACUCCCUGGGGAUCGAGGGCCAACGGGGCCUUCUGGGUUUGGUCCACAAGGGUCCCCUGGUGAAAAGGGCAUUCAAGGUGUUAAUGGGCGUCCAGGAUCCCCAGGAGGCCCAGGACCCAAAGGUGAACCUGGUGAAACCAUUACAGAAGCAGGAUUGCCAGGCGUCCCUGGUGCUCCAGGCAGAGAUGGUGAACCCGGAUAUCCAGGUGAUCCUGGACAGCCGGGACAACCUGGAUUGCCCGGAACCCCAGGUGCGAAGGGUGAUCCAGGUCUACCUGGCAUUGGUCUUCCUGGCCCACCCGGGCCUAAAGGUUUUUCUGGGCUGCCAGGUGUACCCGGAUCUCCAGGAGCCCCUGGAAGACCCGGUCAGGAUGGGCCACCUGGGCCACCUGGAAUUCCAGGACAGAAGGGAGACCGUGGAUUUGGUUUGCCAGGGCCUGUUGGGCCAACUGGACCACCAGGUUUUAAAGGUGAACAGGGUGCUAAAGGUGAACCUGGCUUUCCUGGAAGUCCUGGCAUUCCAGGACGUGCAGGUUUUGAUGGAAUUCCAGGGCCUAAAGGUGAUGCUGGAGCACCAGGCCAGCCUGGGUUAGUUGGACCUCCAGGGAUUCCAGGAACUGGUGGCCAAGGCCCUCCUGGACCACCAGGGCCUCCGGGACCUGUAGGCCCACCAGGGUUACAUGGCAUACCAGGUGAGAAGGGAGAUCCUGGACCACCAGGGUCCGACAUUCCUGGUCCUCCAGGCGACAGAGGCAACCCAGGGUUUCCAGGGCCACCUGGUCUCCAAGGGCCUCCAGGUUUACUAGGGCCACCUGGACGAGAUGGAGCUCCUGGAUUUCCAGGUGCAAAAGGCGAGAUGGGUGUGAUGGGAACCCCAGGCCCCCAGGGAUCUCCCGGCUCUCCCGGCAGGAGUGGCCUUCCUGGUUCGAAAGGCAACGAUGGCCUCCCAGGCCAGCCAGGCCUUCCAGGACCCGGAGGGCAGAAAGGCAGCAAAGGGGAGGUGGGCCUGCCGGGUGCUCCAGGGACACUUGAUCCAAGCCAAGUGAUCACUAAAGGACAGAAAGGAGAACCGGGACCUUCAGGUGAGCCUGGAAUAACAGGUCAGAAGGGUUACCAAGGCCUUCCAGGUGAUCCAGGGCCUCCUGGACUAAGCGGGCAACCAGGUGCACCCGGAUUGCUAGGACCCAAGGGAGACUCGGGAUUUCCUGGUUCACCGGGGCCAAGUGGACCCCCUGGUCAGAAAGGGGCCAGUGGUGAAAUGGGCUUUCCAGGCCCUCCAGGACCAAAAGGUUUAUCAGGCAUACCGGGGCGUCCUGGCCCACCAGGUUCUCCUGGAUAUCAUGGACCGAAGGGAGAGAAAGGUGAUUCCGGCCGUUCUGAAAUUGGUAUUCCAGGCCCUCCCGGCCCUAAGGGCGAUAGCGGUUUGCCGGGAUACCCAGGUAGCCCUGGCAGUAAAGGCACGCCUGGCAAUCCUGGGCUGUCUGGUUUGCCUGGUAAUCCAGGUAUAAAAGGCGAUCGUGGCCUCCCCGGGUUCCCAGGAACACCAGGUAUUGCAGGACCAAAAGGUAUGGAUGGACCUCCAGGAAAUCCAGGUACCCCAGGACCACCCGGACUUUCAGGUGAACCUGGCCGUACUGGCUCACCAGGAAUUCCAGGAGAGAAAGGACAGCCUGGGCGUGAUGGCAUUCCUGGGCCCGCCGGACAGAAGGGUGAACCAGGCCAACCAGGGUUUGGGCGACCUGGACCACCGGGAUACCCAGGAUUAUCAGGUCAAAAAGGUGACAUGGGCUUCCCUGGACCGCCAGGGACUCCAGGAUCCCCUGGUCUGAAGGGAGAGACAGGGUCCCAGGGAUUUCCUGGCCUUCAAGGUCCUCAAGGCCUUCCAGGACUGCCUGGGCCAACUACAGAAGGUCUCAAAGGCAGCCGUGGGCCACCAGGCCUACCAGGGAGGCCAGGUCUGCCUGGUCCAGAAGGUGCCCGAGGACCCCCUGGAACUGGACAAGUUAAAGGAGAGAGGGGCAACCCAGGCCUGCCAGGUCAGCCGGGACCGAGUGGUUUAAAAGGAGAUCAAGGCCUACCUGGGCGCCCGGGUGAACCUGGCCAUCCCGGUCUGAACGGAAUGAAAGGAGAUCUCGGGGUUCCAGGGGUCCCAGGAUUCCCAGGUAUGAAGGGGCCCCCUGGACCUCUGGGACCAGCUGGCCUCUCAGGGGAUCCUGGACCCCCCGGAUCUUCAGGUCCUCCCGGAAUACCUGGCCCAGCUGGUGAAACUAUUGUAAUCAAAGGUGACCAAGGUCCACCGGGUCUCCCAGGGCAGCCUGGACUGAAAGGCCUUCCUGGGCUACCAGGCCAACGAGGAUUGCCAGGUCCAAUUGGUAUUCCUGGUGAUGCUGGACGAGACGGGCCGCCUGGAUUUGAGGGUCAAGCAGGGCAUAAAGGGGAGAGAGGUCUUCCAGGGCAGCCAGGUUUACGUGGAUCACAGGGUCUUCCUGGACCAGAUGGAUUGCAAGGCCCACCUGGUCCACCUGGAACUGGUUCAGUGGCUCAUGGAUUCCUUAUAACUCGCCACAGCCAGACGACAGAUACACCUUUUUGUCCCCAAGGAACAGCCAGGAUCUACGAUGGGUUUUCUCUUCUCUAUGUGCAGGGAAAUGAGAGAGCUCACGGGCAGGACUUAGGCACUGCUGGUAGCUGUCUCCGCCGUUUCAGCACGAUGCCCUUCAUGUUUUGUAACAUCAACAAUGUUUGCAAUUUUGCGUCAAGAAAUGACUAUUCCUACUGGCUGUCAACUCCUGAGCCAAUGCCAAUGAGCAUGGAGCCAUUAACUGGAAAGAACAUCCAGCCUUUCAUUAGUCGGUGCACAGUUUGUGAAGCUCCUGCUGUGGUGAUAGCAGUCCACAGCCAGACCAUUCAAAUCCCGCCAUGUCCGCAGGGCUGGGCCUCCCUGUGGAUUGGCUAUUCUUUCAUGAUGCACACCAGUGCCGGUGCAGAGGGAUCUGGGCAGGCAUUGGCCUCCCCUGGCUCCUGCUUGGAAGAGUUCCGCUCAGCUCCUUUCAUUGAGUGCCACGGUCGAGGAACUUGCAAUUAUUAUGCCAAUUCAUACAGUUUCUGGUUGGCUACUGUGGAGGUGGCAGAAAUGUUUAGUAAACCUCAGUCAGAGACACUGAAGGCCGGGGACCUGAGGACACGUAUUAGCCGAUGCCAAGUUUGUAUGAAGAGGACGUAAUGCCUCGGAGACUUUUGAAACCACUGAGAAAUAUUUUUUUGGUGCACUGUCCUUCCGCUAUAAUAAUGGUGCUAUUGUGCAGAAAUGAAAAAGAACUAAAACUGAGAAAAAAUCCAGACAAUGCAGAUUCCGGUGUACCUCUCCCAAGUGCCAUCCCGACAGCAGUCUUCUGGUGCCUCGUUGUCAAGGGAACUCGACCCCUUGACAGUGUUGGAGAUGCUUGAGGGCCACGACGGAUCAGAAGGUGAAGUUGCCACUUCUCUCUCCCUGUGCCAAGACGGCACUUGGGGGGAAAACCCCACCCACGAGAAAAGAAGCCGCGAUGCACUGUGAUGAUUCAGACGACGUGGUGACCGUUCAGAGGUGCCUUUCUUCAUGGUGCUACUAACUCUACUGUGUCCCCAGUUUUUAAUAUGGAAUGUUUAAGCUUGUUUUUUUUUCUUUGUAAGUAAUGAAAUGUGUAUAUUGUGUAAACACAUUUUCUUUUAGUUUUUGACUUCUCAGUCAUUUAGACACAAACCAGCCUAAAAUCACUGUCUCCACAAAGGAAAAAAACUAUAUAUAAAUAAAUAAAUAUAUAUAUAUAUAUAAAUAUAUAUAUAAAAGCAUAAAGUACCACUUACAGUAGGCAGCAAUAUUGUAUAGCCAAUAGACAGCAGGGCAAACUCCCUCCCUCCCUCCCUCUCGACAAACUACUGCCACAUUUUAAUGUUUGUUUUCUGCGCCAAGUCCCGUCGCAACGUAUUUGGAAAAUGUACAAUGAUGCUGUAGCUAAUUUGAGGCAGGUUGUUAAUGUUUAUAUUGUAUGGCACACAACUGAUAAUUUUACUUUGUCCUUCAGAAAAACCAAAAACGUUUUGAAAGGUUUUAUUUUUGCAUAUUCUGUGAAAUAUUUGAAAUGCUCUACCAUAUCCUACAUUCUUUUAUAAGGAAGACAAAAGUCAUAUUAAUUCACAUCAUAAUAACUCUGUUGGUUCAGAAAGUACCCUGUGGGAAAAAACACAGAUGACACAAACACCAUAGAUAUUAUUCAUACUCCCACACACAAAAUUCACAUUUUUGUCCAGAAAUUUUAUCAAGUAUUUUAUCCAGAAUAGCUGUACACUUUGAAAAUCCUUUUGACUGAAAUAAAGUGAAAACUGGUGAAAAAUUGA